AACCUAUUUAUCUAAGGAUUCUAAGAAUCAUUCUAUUGAUGACAUGUGGCUACAAAAAAAUGUUGCAAUGCUUCUCAAAUAAUAUAUAGGGGAUAAGUUCACAUCAAUAAAAGUAAUAUAAAAUAAAUCAAAUACACUUAGACCAAUGUUAUACAACAACUCUUUGAAAAUAAAAUUAAGCUAAGGCGAAAGGGGAAAGUUUGUUUUCUUAUAUAGUAAAUACAGUGUAAAACUUAUGAAUAAUGAGCUUCAUGCAUUAAGGAAAUCACGGAAAAUCAGAUUAUGAAUAUAGAAAAUUUAUCAUUAAAUCAAUUAAGCACUAUUCUAGAACUUCAAAAUUUAAAACAGAAAUAUUUCAUUAUAAAAAUAUUUUAAUUUAAAAAUUUAGUAAAAAAUAAUUAAUUUAACAAAUAAACAUAUUUUAAAAUUUGGAGAGAUAAAAAAAAUAUGUAGCUUAUAUAUGAUUCUUUAUAUAUAUAUACAUAUAUAAUAGGAGAAGAUAUCCCGUUUUUUUUAUCGUGAUUUGCUAUAUUUUUAAUGGACAUUGGAUGUUUGUAUUGAUUUAAUAAUGCAAAGAAUAAUGCAUAAAGUAAAGAAUUUAGUGUAUGAUUAGGGAACAUAUAAGUCUAUACAAACAAAAUUUGGGCAUUUUUUAAUAUGUUAUUCUAUUUGAUUAUUAUAAAUCAAGAAUGUUUUGUCACAAAUGUAACAAGAAUACAUUAUUUUUCAUUAAAAACUGAUGAUAAAAUAAAUUAUGUAUAAAAAAUUUAAUGAUUAUAUCAAUAAUUUUGAAAAAAGCACAUGAAUAACAGUAUUAUAAAAUUAUAAAACAAAUAACAACAGUUUCAAACGACAUAUUUAAUAAACUUUUUAUAAAAACUAAAUUUUGACCCGUAUAAAAAAAAAUACCGACAUAUGCUUGUGUGUCAAACUUUAAAUGGGUUACCGUUUAUUACCCUAAUAAUAAAACUCAAAAAAUUUCUAUUUUUGUAAAGACCAUUUUUAAUUUGUAUAUAUUUGAAUUAAAUUACAUAUAAACUUAUGUUUUAAAAUUUACCUUCAAAUCUAACAUAAUAAAAACAUAUAUCAAUGCUUUCUUUUAAUAUUCAGUAGUUUAUUUAUCAUAUGUAUAACUAAUAACAAAUGUUUAAAUGUUAACAUAAAUGAAUAUAUAUAAUUAUCAUAUGUGUAACUAAAUUUACUAGAUAAUUAAUCAAUUAUUUAAUUACUUUCAAUUUUAAAUAGAAAGACAUAAGAAUAUUCAAUUAAUAAUCUAUUAGUUAAAUACAAAAUAUUCUUAAAAUAUGUUAUUUCAUGCAUAUGUUAAUUCGUCAAAUAUCAAACGCAAAUACAAUAAAAUAAAUAUAUAAUAAAAAGCAGAAAAUACUAUGAAAGUUUUAAACAACUAAUUAAGUUACAACUUGUAAACUAUAAAAUUAUUGUGUUUGAAGGAUUCAUAUAAACAAUUCAAUUUACGGUUAAUGUUUUUUUUUGUUUCACCUUAGGGUUAUCCUGUAAAUGGACAAGCGAAACACCAGCGGAAUUGGGAUGUCCAUAUCAACCGAAUGUUGACACAAAGCAACACAGAACGAUCAAACCGGAAAUACGUUCACUGCCUAUCGAGAACCGAGAAGCAGUUGACUGAGGCUUGUAAGCCACUUUCCGGUGUCAACAAAAAGAGGAAAUCAAACUAAACAAGGUGACACUUUCGGAAUGGACCGCCACCGACUUCCGAAAGAUUUAGAGAGAGACAAAGCAUAAGAAAUCCGCUGUAAUGAUAGACGACAAACAGCCGACAUGAAAGCUGUUUUUUUUACCGCCAUGUAUACCAUAACCCAAGAUAUGCUUCCGAUGUAAAAAAUAUGUAUGAUUUAUUCUAAUAUUAUUAUUUGGUUAAAUUAUGUUGGUAAAGAAAAUAUACAUCAAAUUAAAUAGGAAGGAAAAAGAAGAAAUGAGAAAAAAAACUGAUUAAAAAUGAAUCAAUUUUGAAAUUGUUUAGGGAAACAUAGAUAAUAUAGUACAUAAAAAUAUAUUGCAUACCCUAACCAUAUAGUUCAUAUGUUCAAUUAUAAUUUUUUUAUGGUUAUACAUAAUAUGUUCAAUUAUAUUUUUUUAUGGUUAUACAUUCUAAUUUCCCAACAUAGUAAACGUUAUCCAUAAUGCACGUAAAUGAACCUAUACCUCCUAAAUAAAAUAUCCAUUCAAAUUCAUUUCAAUAAUUAUUUUUAACAGAAAAACUAAUAACAUGAACGUUUUGUUUACGGUGGAUAGAGAAAAAAAAAAGAACAUGACCGUCUUCUUUACGGUGAAUACAGAAAAAAGAACAUGAACGUUUUCUUUACGGUGGAAAGAAUACCACACAAAAUCCAGCAAUUUGGUAAUUGACAUACCAGAAGAACUUGACCAAAACGUACGCACCUGUUUUAAAAACGUCAUCAAACUGUGAAUAAAAUACAGAACACAAAUUUUAAUAUUUUUUAAGCGAUUGUAUCUUACACAUUUAGACAAAAAAACUAUUUAAAAAAAAUAUCAGAUAUUAUUUGGCAUCACGAACAAAUUUCAGUUUAUGGUGUCCAUAUAAGAUAUAUCCGUUUUGUUUAAUAAUCAACACAUUCUUUCCCUAUCAGUAAGGGUAAAUCUCCAAAAUAUCACAUUUUGUGGUAAAAUAGUAUUUUAGGGAAAAAAAUCUCUAAAAUGGUAUUUACUAAUGAUGGAUUAAAUUUUCGAGGAAAGCUUUUUUUUAAUUUAUUUUCACAAAAAUAGUUUUCGAAGAGAAAAAUGACGGAAAUAAGUUUUAUUAAAGCAUAAAAACAUAUAUUAUGGUUUAGGGUGUAGAGUUAAACGGUAGGUUUUGAGGAUAAAAUUUCAAAUUUUAAAAAAGAAUAUUAAAAUUUUUUAAAAAAAAAUUCUAUUGGUCAUUUUUCUCCUUGAAAACUAUUUUCGUGACAAAAACUGGUUCUCUAAGAGAAUUGCCCAUGAUAAAAUGAUUAAGUACUUCAAACAUUAAAUUUUAUUCUAACCUCGAUUCCUAAAUAUUUAAUUCUAAAAUCUAAUUACUAAAUUCUAAACCAAUUGUUUUUAACUCUUAGUAGUUAUCUCAGUAAAGAAAGAGCUCUAUAAAUGUAACAAUGUUAGUACUCGAAGAAGUACAAGAAAAUAAAACACUUGCUAUCUUACAUUAAAAAAAGAUAUGGGCAAAUUCUCAGCUUUGAUUGCUUCUUCUCUUCUUUUUGUCCUUCAAACCCUCGAAGUUGUUAAUGGCGCCGAGUGUUUUGGAAGCUUAGUUGGCAACAGCAGCUACUCCCAGAAUAGAAUAAAUCUCUUCUCAACUCUUUCUAAUAAAGUCCUCACUAACGGCGGAGUCUACAACGCUUCACUCGGCCAAUAUCCCAACAAGGUUUACGUUCUUGGCCUCUGCGCAAGAGGCUUCAAGCCAAACGCUUGUUCCAAUUGUGUGGAAAAAUUGGCACAGGAAACACAAAAGGAUUGUUCAAACAUCAUGGACUCGUUCGUUUGGGGCAGUGACGAAGAAGAGCUUGUUUCUUGUCUCGUACGUUCCUCAAACCGCUCUUUUGGGAACGUCCAGACUAGUCCUCCUAAAAUAGGGCCAAGUCCAGAUCAUAUCGGGCCAUUGAUAAACAUGACCCUUUUCAUGCUACAAUGGGAAUACACGGUUAAUAAGACCCUCGAGGCUGCCACAAAAGCUAAUGCUUCCUCGGCACAGAAGUACUAUAGUGCCUCAUACGCCGAGUUCACAGCGUUUCCGAAUGUUUACAUGCUGAUGCAGUGCACACCCGACAUAACUUCUCAAGGCUGCAAGCAAUGUUUGGAAGCUUGUUUGAAAUACUUUAGAGAACAGUUUCUGGGAAAAACAGGGGGCAUGGCUACUUUUCCAAGCUGUUUUUUCAGAUGGGAUCUAUAUACUUUCCAUGGUGCUUUUCUGAAUGUUACAAGAGUUCCGGCACUUCCUCGACCUCCGCCUCAGGAAAACGGGAGCUCUAUACCAGAUAAGAAAGGAAGAAGCAUGCUAUGGGUAAUCAUCACGAUAAUUGGGGUUCUUACUUUUAUUAACGUUUUGGUAUUUCUUGGUUUCUACAAAGUCAAUGCUUGGAGGAGAAAAUUUAACAACGGAAAAAAUGUUGGUGGUGCAGAAUACGCUGAUUCAGAUGGUCAAUUUAUGUUACGGUAUGAUCUUGGUAUGAUCUUAUCAGCAACCGCUAACUUUUCGCCUGAAAAUAAGCUUGGGCAAGGUGGAUUUGGUACCGUCUAUAAGGGGAAACUACUUAACGGGAAAGAGAUAGCCGUAAAGAGAUUAUCCAGAGGUUCAGAAGGAGGUAUAGAGUUUAAGAAUGAGGUUUCACUCUUGACAAGACUCCAGCAUAAGAAUCUAGUUAAGCUUCUUGGUUUCUGUAACGAAGGAGAUGAAGAGAUUCUUGUCUACGAGUUUGUACCCCACUCAAGCCUUGACCGAUUUAUCUUCGAUGAGCAGAAGCGUUCGCUUCUUACAUGGGAAGUGAGGUUUAAAAUUAUAGAAGGAAUUGCUCGAGGUCUUGUUUAUCUCCAUGAAGAUUCUCAGCUGAAGAUUAUUCACCGAGACUUGAAGGCAAGCAACAUCCUUUUAGAUGCAGAAAUGAACCCUAAGGUUGCAGAUUUUGGGACAGCGAGGUUGUUUGACACCGAUGAGACUCGAGCUGAAACAAAACGAAUAGCUGGAACUCGUGGAUAUAUGGCUCCGGAAUACCUGAAUCAUGGGCAAAUCUCAGCUAAAUCUGAUGUAUAUAGCUUCGGUGUGGUGCUUCUAGAAAUGAUAAGUGGUCAAAGAAAUAAUAGCUUUGAAGGAGAAGGAAUUGCAGCUUUUGCAUGGAAGAGGUGGUCUGAAGGAAAGCCUGAGGUUAUAAUUGAUCCUUUAUUGGUAGAAAAUCCAAGUGUCCAGAUCAUUAAGUUGAUCCAGACUGGUUUGUUGUGUGUUCAAGAGGAUGCAACAAAGAGACCAACCAUGAGCUCUGUAAUGGUUUGGCUUGGCAGUGAGACCAUCACUAUUCCAUCACCUAAGGCUCCUGCUUUCACAGACAGUUAUUCUCAAUCUGAAGAUGGUACAAUGUCCAUGAGCAUUGUCUUCUCGGAGUUGAGUUCUCGUUGAGUUAUAAUUUGUUAAUCCAUAUGUUCUUUUAAGGUGUAACAAUUAUUCUACUUGAUUUGAAUUAAAAAGAGAGACUAUAAAGUAUAUGAAUAAAUACAUAAUCCUAAGUUCUAGAACCUCUACAGAGAAUAUAUGAUAGUAUUACUUAUACAGAUUUAAUUUUCAAUUUCUUGUUGUAAUCGCCAUGAAUCUUAAUAUGGCCCUUCAAGAUCGGUAA